CGCGACUCAUUUGACAUUUUUCAUUUGUCGCCCUUUACUUUUCCCCUUCUUUCGAAAACAAUCCUAAUGGUCAGAGAACCGCACAUGCGCCGCUCCAGCAAUGCUAUAGUGGACACUUCGAAUAGUGAUUUAUCUCAUGCAAAUCGAUAUGAUCCUCGAUCUGUCAAUAAGCGACACCUAACGUCGAAUGAGACUUUAGGUGUACAACCUAGUAUACCCGCCAUUUCACGAACUAAUAACAACAUCAACCACCCACCCACCACUGGUAACCGACCAGUCAAUAUGAAUAUGCAGCCUAGUGUACCUGCUUUGACACCAGCCCAGAUGUAUUCUAAUUUUGAAGAGUGGAUAAAGAUGUGUACUGAUAAUAAAGUAAACUCUACAAAUACUUGGAACUUUGCUUUGAUUGAUUAUUUUCAUGAAAUGACAUUUUUGAAAGAAGGCGACUCAAUCAACUUCCAAAAAGCUUCUUGUACUUUGGAUGGUUGCGUCAAAAUUUAUACUUCGCGUGUCGAUUCUGUUGCAAACGAAACAGGCAAAUUGUUAAGUGGUUUAGCUGAUAGUAAUACAAAUAUAUUUAUUUUCUUGGCUCUAUUUGUAGAUGCCGAUGUAGACGAUGAAAAUGGAAGACAACCAGGCGAAAGACGAACCAGAAAAAGAACCAACCGAUCUGAAGCUACUUUAUUAAAGGACUUCUCAUCAAUUGCAUUGAAAAAGUUUGAUCUAGAUUUCGCCAUUGAUCCUUUAUUUAAAAAGACAUCUGCCGAUUUUGAUGAAGGAGGCGCUAGAGGAUUGUUAUUGAAUCAUCUAGGUUUGGAUCAAAAUUGCAAAAUCAUCUUCGAUGCCUCUGACGCCACUAUAGAAGCAGAUAUAGAUGAGUUAGAUGGUGAACAUUCGAUAGUAGCUCAUAUGGAUCAAAUUAUGGAAACUAAUGGAGAUGCUGGAGAAAAAAUGGAAGAGGAUAACGACAUUGAUGAGCAAGCAAAAGACGACCCAAUGGAAGCAGAAGAUGAGAAUGCGGAGAAGAACCAGGAAGCUAUGGAGUUGGAUGUCGAGGAGACACAGAAGGAUAAAGAGGAACAAAAAGAAGAAAAUGAAUCGGAUAAGGACAGGCUUAAACCUAUUGAAAUUGCACGACUCAAGUCUAGAUUACCUAAAUUUGAUGCGCUACCGAGUUUUCAUAUUGUUCCCUUUCUGAAAGGAUACAACUUUUUUGCUGACAAUGAUAAUGAAAUGACAAUACCAGAUUUGGACGAUCUAGACGAUGCAGAAGAUUUGCUACAGCAGAAUAAUGCGAACCCUGCCCCAUCUGAUAAUAACUAUACUGACAUAGCCGACGAUGCGUUCCAUUUUGAUGAAGCAGAUGAUGGAUUCGGAAUGGACUUUGACGAUAUGAAUGCAAAUCUUGAUCCUUUUGACACACAAGCUAACUUCAAUAUAAAUGCAGACGAUGAGAAUGAUGGCAAUAGUCAGCAAAUACAGCAACAAAAAGAAGGCAACGUAGCUGAGUCCAAUGAAUAUGAUUUUCUAUCAGCUUUGAUUCAACAUGGCGAAGACAAAGAAAUGUUAGACUAUUUCGAUUUUACCUUAAAGAAGAACUGGGCGGGCCCCGAGCAUUGGAAGCUGCGUAGACCUGUAACUACUUCAACCGUUAAAACACCCACUGAUAGAACUACUGCGGAUGGCACAUCAGCAACCGUUGAAAAGUCGAAGAAGAGAGCCAAAAUUGUUGACUUUUCGAUUCCGUUUGAUAAACUACUCAAUGCAGUGAAGAAGGACGACGACGACGAAGCUGAAAAAGACACUAACGGCGAAGAUAUGGAAAUCAGUACAGAGACUGUAGAUGAUGAUGAACAUACUUUCGAGCCAAUGACAAAAAAGCCUUCUCUUACUAAAGAAAUGAUCGCGAAAAUGGCCGAUAACCAACUACCAGAUGAUAUUCAGUUUUCGUCCAAGUUAUUGUUACAAUAUUCAUUGAAGCCAACCUUCCCUAACAAAGCUAAAAAACGCUCGAAUCAUGACACAGAUAAAUGCAAUAUCCCACAAUCAUCAGCCUCACAAAAUAACUCACCAGCAGAGGAUGGAGACCCUAACAACCCUGAUAUCAACUUUUGGGCUGACCAGGGACAGGAUUAUGGUGAUGAAAUAGACUACGGAGACAUGCCUACAGAUAAUUAUGAUGAUGAGGGAACACAAAUGUCGCAAACAAUGUUGACCGCUUUUGAAGAUACUUCCUUUGCUCAUGGAGCAGAUGCUAAUGUAGUGUCAGGAUUCAAUUUGUUCGAAAAUGGUGAUGACGAUAUAUUAGAUGCUGAAAGUGCCAAACUUUAUGGUGAUGAAUUGAUUACAAGUCAUAGUUUGAAAAAAACAAAACCUUUGUAUGUGAAUUAUGCGCGACAAGCAAAGAGAGUGGACGUAAAGAAAUUGAAGGAUAACUUAUGGAAAGUGCUUACUACCACCACUGUGACAACCAGCAGUGGUGAGAAGGAAGACACUGAUAGCGCUCUAACAGAGCAGCAUCCACAACGACAACGAAUUAUUCGAACGGACAAAGUUCAAGGUGUACAGAAAUUCACUGAUAUUGUUCACAAUCUAAAAAAGCUUUAUUCGCCAAAGACAAUGAAAGAUAUCUCAGUGCCUUUUUGUUUCAUCUGUCUAUUGCACUUAGCCAAUGAAAAGGAACUUAGUAUACAAGGCGUACAAAAGAAUAGCAACGGUGGUGACGCUGAUGAUGACGAUUUUGUGCUUGGUGGCGAUGGAGACGGUACUAGCACUGAAUGGAUGGAAAAUCUAAAUGAAAUAACGAUCACUCAGAACUAAAAUCAGCUUGCAUGCAUGACAAUAUACCA